CAAAAUUCAUGGAAUUGGUAAAUUAAGGUUAUAUUUUCCUUUGCUCAACCUCUAUUGGGGUGUAUAGUGUGAUAUUCCUUCUUCUCUUCUCCAUCGUUGUGAGACUGUAGUCCAUCUAGAUAUAUCAUACAUUUUUGUCAUAGACAUCAUUAAAUGAAAAGAUCAUGCCUGACCUCUGCAAUCCAUUUUUAUGGAAUAUUCAGUUUCUUUUUGAAAAUUGAGUUUUAACUUUCUUUGGCAAGAAUAUGAAUAUUUGUUAUAAAAAAAAAAUCCAGACUGGAGGUGUGCUACCUUAUGCUUGAAGUAAUGUUGCCAAGACGUAUGAGGUGAUAUGGGAUGCAUUAAAUUAUUCAAAAAUAAUUGGAAUUGAUAAAAGAUAUUCAUUUAUGUGGAAUAUUUGUUAUUAUUUUGAAAGUUGAACUAAAACCUGUUAUUUAAAAGGGUUAAGAUUUGAAGAUGAGUAAAAUUACUGAAAUGUGACAGGCUGAAGAAAGAUGCACUGUUGUUUACAUGAGCGUAUGAAAAAGUUGAUAGCUCUUUUACUAUGAACAAAACCUAUGAUCUAGAGUGAUGGUUUGCUUACUGGCAUGAAAGUAUGUGCAUUCCUUUCAAUCACAUGUCUGUUGCAUAAUAGAAUAAAUGAGUAUGUGAUAAAUAUGAUUUUAUUCUGUGCCAAUUUUUGAUAGUGAGCACUUGUAUGAUUAUUUUAUCUGAUUGUGCUUUUCAGGGACGUCCAAAGGGUGUUACGCCCAAGUAAAGCUUGAAGCCACUUGUACCUAGGCUAUCUGAACUUCUUGGAGUCCAGGUUAAAAUGGCUAAUGACUGUAUUGGUGAGGAAGUUGAGAAACUGGUGGCUGAGCUCUCAGACGGAGGUGUCUUGCUUCUUGAGAAUGUAAGGUUCCACAAGGAGGAGGAAAAGAAUGAUCCUGAAUUCUCCAAGAAACUAGCUGCUCUUGCAGAUGUCUACGUUAAUGAUGCAUUUGGCAGUGCUCAUAGAGCCCAUGCAUCAACAGAGGGUGUGGCUAAAUACUUGAAACCUUCUGUUGCCGGUUUUCUUAUGCAGAAGGAACUUGACUAUCUUGUUGGAGCUGUGGCAAAUCCUAAGAAGCCUUUUGCUGCAAUUGUUGGUGGCUUAAAGGUAUCAACCAAGAUUGGAGUGAUAGAAUCCCUCCUGGGGAAGGUUGAUAUCCUCAUAUUGGGUGGAGGAAUGAUGUUUACUUUAUACAAGGCACAAGGGUACUCAGUUGGGUCAUCCCUUGUGGAGGAGGACAAACUUGAUCUUGCAACUUCACUUGUUGAAAAAGCCAAGGCUAAGGGGGUAUCUUUACUGCUGCCUACUGAUGUGGUCAUUGCUGACAAGUUUGCAGCUGAUGCCAACAGCAAGAUGUCUCUCACAUGGCAGCAAAGGUUUUCAAAGCCAACCGGUUUGAAUAUCCAGAGAGUGAGAACAGCACAAGAAUAUAGAUCGCUCCCUUUGAUUGCAAAUCUGCCGUUUGAAGCAUUUCAGUAUGCCCAAAAUGUCCAAUCAUGCGGUUGAAAUGUAUUGUGCAUAUAUGACAAGGGGUUAACAAAUUGAAAAUGGUGGAGGUGGUAGCUGUAGCGCUCUUAUGUGAUCUCCUCCCCAGUCUGUCGCAAUGAUGCCAAAGACGGUGGAAAGUAACCUACGCAACAAACUGUGUCACAGAAUCACCUUACUUUCAGAGCACAUGAUACUUUCUUCGUUGGACCACUUUUUGUAUACAGUAACACAGCAUAGAACUUCUGUUAAAAAAUACUGUAAAAUUAUUUAAAAUAUUAUAAAUAUAUCAGAUUGGCAUGAGAAAAUAUGUUUUUAAAAUCGUUUGAAAAAGAAAUCUUGAUGUGUAUUAAUUGAUAUGAUAGAAAUAAAAAACAGAAAAAAAAUCAUAGAAGGGCACCAUCCUUUUUUCUUCAA